AGAUGAAUAGGUUUGAAUAUAUCCAAGCAAGACUAAACGAAAAUGAAUCUUUUGUUAGCAAGGAAAGCCAGAUUAAGCUCUACGAUGGCGAUCAGAAGACACAGUUUGAGGAAGGAGAACUGGUGCUGACAACCCAUAGAUUGUUUUGGGGCCGCCCUGGAGAGAUUGCCAGAGCUGCUGUUUGCCUAUGCUUGAAUUUGAAGUACAUUGUGUCUGUCAGCGAGGAACAGGCUAGUAAUUAUGUGUUUGGUCGUAAGACAAGGUUGAUACUACACCUACGACCUCCGGCAGCCGACAAACAGCCUGGACCAUUAGACAAUAGCAAUAACUCGUUUAUUAAACUGUCUGGUAAGCAUGGAGUGUUGCCGGAAUUCGCUAACGCACUACGAGAGACUUUGCAGGCCAGAAUAUGGGAUGUUCAAAUACCUUCUACUCCGAAUGCCCUGAACGGCGAUGGCCUUCAAGAAAAUCCCCAAGAAAAAGCCGCAAGGGAAGCAAAAUUGCGAAUGCGAACUGGCAUUGGCGGCAUAGAAAAGGCCAUCGAGCAAAAGACCAAAGAAACUGAGGAGAACAUUGCGCUGGCCUUUCAAGAUCUAAGAGUUCUAAUGGCAAUGGCUAAGGACAUGGUGUCUAUUGCCAGGAUAAUUAGUGAUAAAAUUCGUAGCCAAAAAGGGGAAAUUUCCGAUGACGAAACUGUUAGGUUCAAGUCCUAUCUACUGAGUUUGGGCAUUGAUGAUCCCGUUACUAGAGACGGCUACUCAAGUGAAUCUGCUUAUUACAAAAGUUUGGCAGGACAAUUAUGUGAAAUGUUACUAGAUCCACUAGAGGAAGCUGGAGGAAUGAUGUCAUUGGCCGAUGUAUACUGCCGUGUAAAUCGAGCCAGAGGUUUGGAACUUUUAUCACCAGAAGAUUUACUACAGGCCUGUCGUUGCAUGGAGGGACCAAUCAAAUUACGCACAUUCCCCAGUGGCGCUAUGGUGCUACAAUUGGAUUCACAAGAUGAUGAAUUAACUGCCAACGAUACACUGAAUCUGGUACAGGAAUCUACUUCAUUGGCUGUGGAAGAAUUGGCCAAGGCUCGCAAUAUAUCACUGAUAUUGGCCAAGGAACGUCUAUUGGCCGCAGAACGUCUGGGCAAAUUAUGCCGCGAUGAAUCACUGGAAGGAUUGCGUUUCUAUCCCAACUUCAUUCUGGAUCCACCCCCAAACUCGGCAUGA